GAGCCGGGAGUAAAUAGACUCCGGAGCCCAAGAUGGCGGAGCCGCCCAGUCCCGGUCGUGGCGUGGCGCCCCCCGAGCCGGAGCUGCUCGGCGCCAGGACGGCCCCGGACGCCAAAGGUUCCCGCGGAUCCCAGCCGGCCGCCAAGAAGGUGAAGGGAGCCGAGGAGCGGAGCCUCAAGGGCGCUAAGCGCGUCAACGGUGAAGGGGGCGGCGGUGGCGGGAGCGCCAAGCAGCCGCUGCCCGCGGUCGUGCCCAGCUACAGCGGCCCCGGGCCGUGGGGCUUCGCCGCGCUGCCCUCGGGCCCCUCGGCGGGCGCGGGGGGCUUCGCCUUCCCUUCCCCGCUGUCCCGGAAGCUGCUGCCGCCCGCGGUGCUGCUGCCGCCGUCCGCCUCCCCCUCCUCGUCCCAGCCGCAGCACCAGCACCGCCACCACCGGCACCGCCUGGCGCUGGCGUCCGAGGCGGGAGGCGGCGGUGGCAGCGCCAAGCCCAAGAGACCCAAGGAAAAGCGGGACAAGGAGAGGAGGAAGCACGGGGCGCUGCCCGUUGUGGCGGCGGGAGAUGGCGGCGGGGCCCUGAGCCGGGAGGAGAACGGGGAGGUGAAGCUGCUGUUCCCGAAAGGUCAAAUCAAAGAUAAAGUCAAAGAAAGGGAGAAGAAGCAAAAAGAAAAGAAGAAGCACAAACUAAUGAAUGAAAUCAAGAAAGAAAAUGGAGAGAUCAAAUUGCUGCAGAAAGGUGGGAAGGAGAAACCAAAAACCAAUGCAGAAGAGCUACAGAUUAAAAAAGUUAAGAAGAAAAAGAAAAAGAAACAUAAAGAGAAUGAGAAGAGGAAGCGUCCAAAAAUGUACAGCAAAUCCAUUCAGACCAUCUGCUCAGGAUUGGUUUCUGAUAUUGAGGAUCAGGAAGCCAAAGGCAUCAUAGAUGAUCAUCUUAAGGAUUUCAUUGGGAAAAAUAUGGAUCCCAAGAAGGACUGUGAGUCCAAGAUACCAGAGAACAGUGAGUUUCCAUUUGUCUCGUUAAAGGAGCCACGGGUUCAAAAUAAACUCAAAAGGUUGGACACAUUGGAGUUCAAACAGCUGAUUCAUAUUGAGCACCAGCCUAACGGAGGUGCAUCAGUUAUCCAUGCCUACAGUAAUGAACUCUCCCACUUGUCUCCUGUGGAGAUGGAGAGAUUUGCAGAAGAGUUUGUGGGUCUGGUUUUUAGUGAAAAUGAAAACUGUGCAGCUUACUAUGUAAUGGGUAUUGUUCAUGGGGCAGCUACUUAUUUACCUGACUUUUUAGACUACUUUUCGUUUAAUUUUCCCAAUUCACCAGUGAAAAUGGAGAUUUUGGGAAAGAAAGAUAUAGAGACAACGACUAUGUCAAAUUUUCAUGCUCAGGUAAAAAGAACAUACUCUCAUGGUACGUAUAGAGCUGGCCCAAUGAGACAGAUCAGCCUGGUUGGAGCAGUUGAUGAGGAAGUGGGGGAUUACUUCCCUGAAUUCCUUGAUAUGUUGGAAGAAUCACCCUUCUUAAAAUGUACACUGCCAUGGGGAACACUUUCUAGUUUAAAAUUAGAGAGUCGUAAAGACAGUGAUGAUGGUCCCAUUAUGUGGGUACGUCCAGGAGAACAGAUGAUCCCUGUGGCUGACAUGCCAAAGUCACCUUUCAAAAGGAAGAGAACUACCAAUGAAAUAAAAAACUUGCAGUACCUACCUCGAACCAGUGAACCCCGUGAAAUGCUAUUUGAAGACCGGACCCGAGCCCAUGCGGAUCACAUAGGACAAGGUUUUGAACGACAGACCACAGCUGCUGUGGGGGUGUUGAAGGCUGUGCACUGUGGAGAGUGGUCUGAGCAGCCUCGUAUAACCAAAGAUGUAAUUUGUUUUCAUGCUGAGGACUUCUUGGAGGUAGUUCAGCGAAUGCAGCUAGAUUUGCAUGAACCUCCACUCUCACAGUGUGUCCAGUGGGUUGAUGAUGCAAAACUUAAUCAGCUGCGAAGGGAAGGCAUUCGAUAUGCCAGAAUCCAGUUAUUCGAUAAUGACAUUUAUUUCAUCCCGAGGAAUGUUGUGCACCAGUUCAAAACAGUUUCAGCUGUGUGUAGUUUGGCUUGGCACAUCCGGCUCAAGCUCUAUCAUUCAGAGGAAGAACUCUCUCAAAACACAAAUACUGUUGAAGCAGGGACCUCUGCAGACCCCAAGUCUUCGGUUGUUGGACUUCAGACUGACAGAAUUUGUACUGUGAGCAAAGAUACCACCGAAGACACCAAAUUCCCAGAUGCUCUGCAGACCAAGUACCUGCAGCAGGAAUUUUUGCCGAUAAAACAUGAACCUCUUGCAUCUCUCCGAGUAAAAGAAGAACCCAUGAAUGUUGAUCUUGUUGAAAAGACAGUGACACCUAAUGACGUCGGGGGACAGAAUGUUCAGGCUAGGCUGGGUCACGCUGAGUUGACAUCACUAAAGUUGGAAAUGGAUUCUAAAUUUGAAACCUGCAACAAGGACUUACAAGGCAAGUUGUGCUCUGGAGGUCACGUACAUCCAGAUGAUACAAGACAACCUAGCUCAUCAUAUCCAAAAUUGCAUGGACAAAGAGAGGAUGAUUUUUUGUGCUGAAUUUGUAUAUAAGGUUUUAAAUUCCUUUUUAAAGUUAAUGAUGUAAUAAUGUAAAGAUCAUAAAUUGUGAGGCAAGUUUGUGACUUGCCUUCGCAUCUGUUACAGAAAAUAGUUAUGUAGCUUUGUAACAUUCCUCAGUGCCUGUCCAUAACUGUGAAGUAUCAAAGCACUUAGGGCCAGAUGCACUGUAAACACUGCAGGUUUAACAUAAAGAAGUCUUUAAAUAAUUUUGAGUUGUAGGUUUUAGAGUAGAGCUGACAUUUAACAUAUAUAUUUUUUGUAAGAUGAGCCAGAAUUCUUUUUGACAAUUCCAGGCUUUUCCAUAGAGCUUAUUUAUACCAGUUUUUUCAUUUUAAAUGUGUCAGCACUGUAGUGUAAAUAUCUUUUUUAAGAAUCUUUUUAGUGUGAUUUAUACUGAAAUGUGAGCCGCUUAAUAAAGGUUCAUAAUAACAGAUUGGUU